UCGCCCGACCAAGAUCCUGGGGGAGCCGAAGCCGGUGCCGAGGUUGGGGUUCACGACGACGGGGGCCAGUUCUGCGCAGGUCCAACGUUCCAAGCUCCGAGACUCCAUCUUGCUCCGGGAGGAGAAUCGCAGUGUGCAGAAUGUUUCGUCAGCAUUGCAGCAAGAUGACUCUCAUGCACCUGCAAAGGAACAAGACAACUCAGAAGAUGCAUUGAGCCUGCAGCUGGAGUUGGCCAUAACCAAAACAAUUCUUCUGGAGGAGGUAAAAGCCCGAGCUGAAGCUGACGUCAGGGAAACUGCUGUAGGUGAUGAGCUGAAAGCAGCAAAUUUACGUACCCUUGAAGCUUGCAGGCAGAAGGAAACCACAGAAAAAGAACUGAAAUACACAACAUCUGUUUUAGAGGCCCUUGAAUCGGAGCACGUUGUUUUGAUAAAGGAACUAGAGGAGCUGAAGAAGAAGAAUUUCCAAAGCCCGGUAUUUCGUAAGAAGAGGGAUGUGGAAACUCUGAUGUUAAACACUGAGCUUGAGCAAGAAAUGGAUGAAAUCCACAGGCAGGCUAUGUGUGAAACGUCUGAGGUGAUUAUAUCCUUACAAAAAUAGCUGUUGUCACUGCAACAACAGCUAGAUGACUGCAACAAAAAAGAGUCAUUGGUCGCCAAACAAAGCCUUGAUGAAGCUAAGAGAAUAGAGAUUUUGUUGGAUCAAUCCAUCGAAAUUCUUGUGCAGAAGGAGGUUCUUGAACAAUACUUUGUUUCAUUCGUGAGGGGGAUGGAAGAAGAGACUCGUCAGCUCGAGUCCAAACUAGACCAGUCAAAUAGAUUCUAUGAAGGUAGAAUUAAAGAACUGGAGAUAAAGAUGCAAGAAAUGAAUUAUCAGGCUGGAGUGUUACUUAUUUCAUGGAAUAAAGAAAAAGAGAUAUCAGAGGAAAGGAAGACAUAUGCCGAAGAGAAAAAUAAAGUAAUCAAGCUAUUGGAGAUGUCUAAUGAGGAUGGCCAGAUUACUGUGUGUUCAUUAGAAGAAAAGGUGAAAUUACUCGAGGAAGAAGCAGAACAACUCAAAAGGAAACAGGAAAAAUUAGAAAUGGAGCUGCACAAGAAUUGCUAGUUGUGCCAUCCUCUAGGGAAGCAAAGAGCUCCCUGGAAGACAGAAUGGUUGAUUCACCUGACCCAACCAGGUACCCGAGUAAUAUAAACAAUGGGGUACUGCGUUCUCAGGAGAGUAGAAUAGGUCGAAAGGAGCCUUUUGAAGCAGAGGUAAUGAUGGCAUUCUUUGAAGAGCAAAUGCAAGGAAGCUAUGCAAGCUCAUUUGAAGAUAUAUUCAAAGAAGCUGCAGACGAUUCUCUUGUUGCUUCACAUUUUCUUCCACACAUUACAAGCCAAAUAAAGCCAAAUCCAAAUGCAGUUGAGGAGGCAGUUGACCUAGACACUAUAGCUGUUGAGUCAACUCCUCUAGUGGAACACCAAGAGGAACCUGGUGAGCCUUCUUCUGAUGAGUGCAUGCAUGAGGCCAGCCCAUCAGAUUUAGAGAUGGCAAAGGCAAUUUCAUUAGAAAAGGAUUGCUGGUCAGAGAACUCGGAGUUUGAGCACCCCAGUGCAAGCGUGGAGCUGGAGCAGUCUAUUGCAAGUAAGCAACCUGAUUUAUUUGGCGGUAGUGCAGGUAGUGAUCAGUCCAUGUCUGUAUGUGAUUCAGAGGAGCAAGUGACGCCUCCAGCUGUGGAGUCAGUGGUAGAAGUUCUGCAGGAGAAUGAGUUGCCUCCAGUUUCUCUAGUGCGUCCCAAUGAUCCGGUGAAAUACACUUUAGCCACUUGUGAUGAGCUGAAGAGGCUCAGAAGCAGGAACCACUAUGAGGGUGAUAGGACAGCAACAGACAGGAGAUUCUGGUCCAUUGAGCAGCAGGACUUGUACAACUCCAUAUACCGUAGGGCCGAGUUGUUUACUAUGCAGUGGAUAGACUGGGAGUACAUCGAUAGCAUAGAUGAGUUUUCUUGUGUCAGACAGAGAUGUGCCCAUGUGGGGCUUGAGCAGAUCAUGAGGUACCAUUGUGAUUGGGACAACGAAUUGAUUAGGCAGUUUUACUCCACAGUUCAUAUCAGCGACGACAAUAGCUCUAUUACUUGGAUGGCAGAUGGCAGGAGGAUAACUACAAACAAGAGGGCAUGGGAGGAGAUGUUUGGCAUUCCUGGCAGUGUUCACACUGCAAUAAUUCACUCAGAGUUUUUGCUUGAUGAUGAUGACAAGAGGAUCAUGUACACAGCUGCAGAAUGCAUAGUAGGCCAAACCAGGGGCCUCUCUCAAUUGGCUAGCAUAGCCAAUAAGAUUAUUCGGAAAACCAUCUAUCCCAGGUCUUAUAGAAGUAAAGUCCAGGGAUACAACUGGAACCUCCUACGUCAUAUUGUGGAGCAGCAUCCAUUUGACAUCAUUGCUUUGAUCUUCGACGAGAUUAAGUUGCUUAUUUCAGAUCACAGCCGCACUUGCCUCUUGUAUGCACCAUACAUCAUGGGGAUGAUCAUGCGAGCUUUUGAAUAUGAUGGACCUAGAGAAACCAGGCACGAUUCCUACAAGCCCAGGCCCGACAAGUCAAAGCAGACAAAAAAAAUUAGUCGUCCACUGGCACCUGCAGUAGUUGCACCUUCUGAGCCACCACCUUCAGCAUGUCAGCCGGAGGUAGAGGCCAAUGUUGAGGCAGAUGACCACAGCCAGUUCGAGGAAGCCGGACACCGGCCCCAGGGAGAGGCAGUGCAGCAUACCAAUGCCUCCUUGUCUUCUCAGAUCCUAGCUCCACGCUCCUCCCUGACACCUUCCCUUGAGGCUACCACUCCCUCACCGCCUCCGGCUCCAGCUGCAUUUCCUGAGCAGGCCAGCAUGAUGCACGCCGGCCUCCGGUGCUUCAGCUCAGCCAGCUGUUUUGGGGCCAAGUCCUUUUAGUCACUUUAGUUGGUAUCAAAGAGAUAAGUGAUGGGUUUAUGUGCUGUCCUUGAUGUCUACCUUGCACUCGUAUUCUGGUUAUUUUGUCUAUAUAUAUCUUGGACUUGUUCACCAUGUAUAUUCUUCUAUCAAGAAAGACCUUGAGAAGAGCGUAUCGAGACUUGAGAAAUCA